GCAGCGCUCGGCGCGGAGCGGGCGGUCUGGGGUCGCCGGGAACCGGGCAGAGAUCUUUAUGGUAUGGCAAAAUCUUUCAUCAGCCGAUGGUGUAAUGGACUACCAGUUGGAUGAUAUACAGUCAUCUGAAACAUGAUAUAUACCUCUCCUCUUCCGUGUCCAUGCCUACAUGCUGACACAGUACCAGUUCUGUUUCCAAAAGAGGAGUUCACAGAAUUACAGUGUCUGAUCCAACUAGCUGCUCUGAUGAUCCUCACUGGACCAUACUAUGUCAGAGAGCCACAAUGAUCAUGCAAAAUAACAGUUCAUCCUCGCCUCUUUUUCCAAAUGUGAGCUCCCUCUGGAAGAGAGAUUCACAUGGAUCAGGACUCCUUGAUGAAGCAGCAUCACUCAUUGGCAGCUAUGAUUUUCCUCAGACUACAGAGAGUUUUCCUUUCUCCACUGUGGAAUCAACAAACAUGACCCUAAAUGCCACAAGCAAAGACCCUCUGGGUGGACACACUGUCUGGCAGGUAGUUUUGAUUGCUUUCCUCACUGGGAUUCUUGCACUGGUGACCAUCAUAGGAAACAUCUUAGUGAUUGUUGCGUUUAAGGUUAACAAACAACUGAAAACAGUCAACAACUACUUCUUGCUGAGCCUUGCUUGUGCAGAUUUGAUCAUCGGUGUUCUUUCCAUGAAUCUUUAUACCACGUACAUCAUCAUGGACCACUGGGCCUUGGGAAGUUUGGCCUGUGAUCUUUGGCUCUCCAUUGACUAUGUCGCCAGUAAUGCCUCUGUCAUGAAUCUCCUCGUGAUAAGUUUUGACAGGUAUUUUUCCAUCACUAGGCCACUAACAUACAGAGCCAAACGAACAACUAAAAGGGCUGGGAUAAUGAUUGGUUUAGCAUGGAUCGUCUCUUUUGUUCUUUGGGCCCCUGCCAUCUUGUUUUGGCAGUAUUUUGUUGGGAAGAGGACUGUGCCUCCUGAUGAAUGUUUCAUCCAGUUUCUAACCGAACCUGUCAUCACUUUUGGCACUGCCAUAGCUGCCUUUUAUUUGCCGGUCACCAUUAUGAGUAUUUUGUACUGGAGGAUCUACAAGGAGACGGAGAAACGCACCAAAGAGUUAGCAGGGCUGCAGGCUUCGGGCAGUGAAGCAGAGGCAGCACGCUUUGUGCACCAGACAGGCAGCUCCCGGAGCUGCAGCAGCUACGAGCUGCAACGGCAGAACAUGAAACGCAGCUCCCGAAAGAAAUACAGACGCUGCCACUUCUGGCUCACAAUGAAGAGCUGGGAGCCCAGCACAGAUCAGGGGGACCAAGAGCAUAGCAGCAGUGACAGCUGGAACAACAAUGAUGCUGCUGCCUCCCUUGAAAAUUCAGCCUCCUCUGAUGAAGAAGACAUUGCUGCAGAGACCAGAGCCAUCUAUUCAAUUGUGCUGAAGCUUCCUGGUCACAGUGCUAUCCUCAAUUCCACAAAACUACCCUCCUCGGAAGAUUUGCAUGAGUCAGGGGAUGAACUGCAGAAAUCCGACACAGAAUCCAAGGAAAAGAAACCUAAAAAAUUGCACCCUCCCAAAAGUGUUCAGGAUGGUGGAAAUUUCCAAAAGAGCUUUACUAAGCUUCCAAUUGAACCAGAGUCAGAAGAGACAACCACAGCUUCUGAUGGCAUCUCGUCAGUGACCAAGACGUCGACAGCCCUGCCCUUGUCCUUUAAGGAAGCAACCCUGGCAAAAAAGUUUGCCUUGAAGACCAGAAGUCAGAUCACAAAACGAAAACGAAUGUCACUCAUCAAAGAAAAGAAAGCGGCACAGACACUCAGUGCCAUUUUGUUUGCCUUCAUCAUUACCUGGACCCCAUAUAACAUCAUGGUUCUGGUGAACACCUUUUGCACCUGUAUCCCCAAAACUUUCUGGCACCUGGGGUAUUGGCUUUGCUACAUCAAUAGCACAGUGAACCCCAUGUGCUAUGCACUGUGUAACAAAACAUUCAGAAACACUUUCAAGAUGCUGCUGCUGUGCCAGUGUGACAAACGAAAACGACGCAAGCAGCAGUAUCAGCAAAGGCAGUCCGUCAUUUUUCAUAAGCGGAUCCCUAGGGAGGCUUCUUAGAAUAGUAUUUUUUACAUAAAAAAAUAACGAAGCAGGGAUGUGAUGGGAUGGGACAGGGUGAGAUGGGAUGUGAUGAGAUAGGACAGAACAGGAUGGCAUGGGCAGGAUGGGCAGGAUAGUGAGGGAUG